AUGCCUCAAGAGAACGGAUAUCGUUCAACUCCAUCAUCAUCACAUUUACGUAAUAAUGUCAGUCAAAAUGAUAAUGAAACUGAUAAAAUUUCUACAAAUCGAGAAGUUAGAGAACGUGGAUAUUAUUCUGAAUUAGCAACAAUUAAUCCUGAUUCAAAAUUUGAAGUUGCUAGACAAGCACCUAUUGCACAUGAUGAUGUUUUACGUCAAACAUUUCGUUUAUCAAAUACAGCUCGAGCAAGUGUCUUCGAUUUACAAGGAAUCGAUGUUGCACAAUUAUUAGCUAAUAGUAGACAAGGUGAAGUUACUACAGAAUUUAAACGAAGUGAUGUCUAUUUGGAAAAAACUAUUGAACCAAAAGUAUUUAUGCCAUUUUAUACGGCACCAUAUACAUUACCAAGAAAAGUUGAAAUUGAACGACGAAAACGUCUUUAUCUUUCACUUGAUUUACCAACAUUACUUAAAGAACGAAAUAUUGAUACAAAUAAACUUAUGCCUAAACAUAUACCAGCUGAUAAAAUUGUUACAUUAAAUAUUCCAAAUGAAGAUCCAGCACCAUUUGAUCCAUUUUUACCAUUACAUUAUUUUGAUGAUACUGAUUAUGAAAUUUGGACACCAGAAUCAUGGCUUGCUUUAGGUCAUGAUUCAAUAACUGGUUUAAAUAAACCAUUACCUGGUAUUGCACUUUUACCUGAUGUACCAGCAUCUGAAAUUUAUGAUAUAAAAGAUAGUAAUUUACAUUUUAAUUGGAGAAAUGUUAGUAUUCAUGAUUAUGAUCCUGAAAAACAAUUAUGGCUUGUAACAACUGAUGAUAGAGAACAUAAUGUAUUUGAUAUGUAUCGACCAGCAAAACAAAGUCGUAAACAAACAGAAGCUAUUGAAGGAAAACGACAAACAUCAGAAAAUUCAGUUGCUAAUGGUCCUAGUAGUCAUCAUUCAAGUGGUAGUCAUGGUCGUUAUUGGGUACCACGUAUUCAAUUACAUUUUCUUGCUGAAGAUCCACGUAUAUUUGCUGAUCGUGUUGCUAAAGCUUAUCGUGAUCGAAAACGUAUUGAAGCUGAACUUCGUUCGGCAUUAUUUAUUGAUUGUAUGCCAAUUGAUGGUAUUGGUAAACUUGAUGAUGAACGUAUAAAACGAAUGAUUGAAUUAACGAAAACAAGUGCUAUAUCAAAAACAGUUAAAGAUGAAUAUGUAACACCAAUAGUUGAAGAAGUAAAUCUUGAUUAUGCUCGUACAAUGAAUUCAAUGAUAUUUGAAGAAGUUACUCAAUCAGAUCCAAUAUCAUUUGCAUUUAUAACAUUACCAAUAAAACAACGUCGAAUUAUACCACGCACUGGUUGUGUUGACAUACCUGAAUAUUCAUUUAAUGAAGUUUUUAAUCAAUUUAAAUUUAUUUCAUUAUUAACAUCAAAACCAGCUAUUGAUGCAUUAAAACUUGUUCGAACUGAAUGUGAUUAUGUUAUUAAUAAUUUAAGUUUAUUACAAAAAACUAUUCCAAAACAUGUUAAACUUGAUGAAUUUGAAAGUAUGCAAUUUAAUCAAACAUCAACAACACAUAUGUAUUUAACUGAUACAUGGAAAAAUAAUCUUCGACAAGGUAUUAAAACAAAAUUUAUUGAUGUUGGACGUGGAUGGUAUAAUAUAAAUGAAUCUGAUUUUCAUAUAUAUCAAGUAUCAAAAUUAAAGAAAUUUAUUGAACGUGUUAAAUUUAUGAUGCAAGAUACACUGCGAUUUCUUGUACAAGAUUCAUGUCAAAAUUAUGUUCGAAUGAUAACCGAUGCAUGUUCACCUGUUUUAAAUAUGAAAGAAGGUUUUAAAUGGCCACAAAAUGAUUUAAUUAAUAGUCCAUAUAAACCACCAAAAAAUCCAUUAUUUCAUUUGGAUAUAAUUAUUGAUCAAGUUGGUCCACGUUAUGUGACAUCAUAUGAAAGUUUUUCAAAUACUAUUCUGGGAGCAUUUGAUCGUGCUAUUACACAAACACAAGCUAUACCACAAAUUGAAAAAGAUAUAAUGGAAAAUAUUUUUUGGGGUGGUGAAAUGUUAAAAUUAGAAUCAGUUGCUUUACAAGAAAAUAAAGUUAUUGAAUGGAGAGAAACUUUACAAAAAGCUGUACAAGCUUCACUUAUACCAUUAAAAGCUUAUGCUGAAGCUUAUGAAUCUUAUGUACCAUUAAUGAAUCUUAAUACUGAUCAUUAUAUAAAAGAUUUUGAAAAAACAGAAAAAUCUAUUGAAGAAUAUCGAAAUGAAAUUUUAAUGCAUGUACGUGAAAAAGAUAAACUUGAAAAAAAUAUUCCUGUAUCAAUUGUUAUUGGUCCUUAUUAUAUAUUUGCACAAAAAUUACGUGAAGCUUUAUCAAAUAAAAGAAAAUUAUUAAUUGAAGCUUUAUUAUUAAGUCAAACACGAAAAGCGAGAACAAAAACAGAAGAAGUAUGA